UUCUGUCCGUGUUGCUUUCCUCCAGGCAACGAAAUAUACAGGGACGUAGACGAGGGAAUUUGCAUUUGGGAGACGUAUUGUCGAAAUCUUUGUUUAAUGGCCAAAUUGUUUAUGUCGUCUAAAACACUUUACCACGAAGUGGAUACAUUUACUUUCUACAUUCUUGCUGAAAUUUCAACGAGAGGUUGUGUGACUGUCGGAUAUUUUUCAAAAGAAAAGAAUCCAAGUAAAAAUAACAAUCUCAGCUGUCUUCUAACAUUACCUCAUGCUCAAGGGAAAGGAUAUGGAAAAUUGUUAAUUGAUCUCAGCUAUCAAUUUUCAAAACUCGAACACAAAAUUGGUUCUCCAGAACAUCCCUUAUCUGAUAUGGGUCUUCUAGCUUAUCGUAGCUAUUGGCGAUCAGUUUUAUUUUCUGCUUUGAGGCAGCGUAAUAAUUCUCAAACUAUAACGAUUAAAGGUCGAAUUACUUUUGCUGAUUUAAAACAAAAAUUUUUUGCAGACCUGAGUAUCGAGACCGCCAUCCACAGUUCUGAUAUUAUAUCAACUCUUAUUGUUAAUGAUAUGUUGGUGUCAAGGCAUGAUUGUUUCUACAUUGAUAUUGAAAAAGCUUUAAACGCGAGCCCUGAUUCUUUACGUCGUCGUUCUAUUCGUGCCGAUUUGCUCAAAUGGCUCCCCCCUUUUGAUCCAAUUCCAUAUUCUAAAAUGAAUUCCUAUGCUUCUUCUAAUUAAUUUAUUUGAAUAAAUUUUUUGAU